AAUCGACUCAUCCUCAACCGAAAGAACCGCAGCCAACCUUCACACCGGCCACCCGAACUCGACAAGCUCGAAAGAACCAUGUCCCCCGCCGCCUAACACCACUAGGCAAAUGGGCUCGCCCAAAGGAAGGUCGCGCCUUAGCCCCAAUCUCCGCGACUGACGAGCCGCAGCAACCGGAGCCCGGACCCCUCCCUCGGUACGAGUACCACCCUAGCCAACCUCAGAAUUCCGACAACAGAAGCCCAGCCCCACCGGAGCAGGCGAGCCCGCCGGAGAAACACCCAAUCGACAAAAGGAGAGGCGAAAUUGAGACCGGACAAACCUCCACUAAGCGACUCCCACAAGUAAUUGAGAAGAGGCUCGAAACACCUGUAAGUCGUCGAACCGAGGGACCGCCGCUGCCAACCAAAAUCACCCUGCCGUCAAUUGAUCGGACCACUGUCGCGGAGCAUCUGAGGCGUGAACAGAGCCGCUCAUACCAGGAGAGGGCCAGGCGGUCAAGGACGACCCCUGGCCGGGAAGAUGCC